AUCACACUUUCUUGCGCAGAUGUUAACAUUGAGUCGCCUCCAUCCACUCAACCCUGCAAGCGAAUUUGCGAUGUUACUGGAUUUGAGGCACACUAUGUUGACCCAAGAACAAAUCUCCGUUACGCUAAUGCCCAUGUUUUCAAGACUCUCAGGUCUCUUUCUCCCGACCAAGUCCACCAGUAUCUCUCCAUCCGCAAUGCUGCUGUUGUUCUCAAGUAGCACCAUUAUCCUCCUCUUUAUGUAGUAGUAGUGAUCUUUUUUUUAUGUGAAAUACUAUAUAUAUAACUCAAAGACUAGUUUUGAUUUCCCUUUUUGUUGAGUACUAUUAAUUAAACAGACCACACACAAUUGGUUUGGGUACAUCUUCUUGUAUACCCUUCUUAAUACAAAGAAUUAUUUCUA